AUGAGAGUGAGUUUUCUGGUCUUCUACUACCUGACCUUGAUCCUCUGUGUUCCUGGAAAUGCAUUUGUCGUGUAUGUUGCUGGAUUGAAGAUGAAGAGGACUGCUAAUACAGUAGGGUUUCUCAAUCUAGCCAUUGCCGACCUCUUGUGCUGCCUUUCCACUCUUUACUAUGUGAUCGAGAGCGAUUUUUAUGAUUACUUGACGUAUGCAUCCAUCAUGUGCAAGAUUCUCCCCUUCGUUAUGCUCAUCACCAUGUUUGCCAGUGUUUUCACCUUGAACUUGAUUAGUCUGGAUCGGUUUACUCGGGUGAUCACACCGGUUUGGGCUCAGAAUCAUCGCAGCCUGUUCAUUGCACGACUGUCCUGCGCAGCGGCCUGGAUUCUGGCUUUAUUUCUCAGUCUGCCUUUUAUGAUGUUAAGAGAGACUUUGACAGUAAAUAAUAAAACAUACUGCAUGCAUUAUCAACCUGAUUUAGACCGUUAUAAAAUGUAUAGAAGGUUAAGCGUCAUCAGAUUUGUGUUUGGGUUUUUGAUUCCUCUCAUAUGCAUCACAACAUGCUACGGAUUCAUCGCACGCAAGUUAGGCAGGAGUACUUUUCACUCUGGACGAGCGACUCGCAUCAUGUUGGCUGUAAUUGUGGCCUUUUUUCUCUGCUGGCUGCCGUAUCACAUAGUAGAUUUGAUAAUAAUAUAUGGAGGGCAAUCAAGUGUCUUAGCUUUGGCAGUGGAUCCGUUGGCCGUCUCUUUGGCGUAUUUCAACAGCUGCCUGAACCCCGUUCUGUAUGUUUUCAUGAGGAUUUCAAGAGCAUCAUUAAACUUUCUCUAA